AAUUCUGUCUGUGUUCUGAGAGUCGUGACGUUUGUGUUGUGGUUGGAGGAUGAAUGCGUGUUUCCAAAAAUAAAUUGAACAAGCGUCUAAUUUAAAUAAAAGGAAAACGCUCAAUAUAUAUUAAGUGCUCUAAAGAAACAGUCGUUAAUUCGGUCGCAUAAGGGUAAGCAAUGCUAAAACAAAAUGAGGUACAAUGAUAGAGAACUCGUAAAAAUUGGCGAAAGCAAUGCUGAUUUUGAGGGCGUUCUUCAGCACAUGAAGCCACAAGGAAAAGAUUGGUCGGACUGGUAUCAGCAGCCUUGCUUUAAAGAACGUUAUUUCAAAUUAAUAGCAAAUUUAUUAUAUUACUAUCGUGUGAAUGAACAAGAACCCUUGGGAAUAUUAGUGUUGGAAAAUGCACAAGUAGCAUAUGAACGGCCCCACAAAGGGAUCCCUUUUGCAUUCUCUAUUACAUUUAAAGUCAAUGAUAAGUUUAGAGACAAUGAUGCAAAACAUGUGUUUUCCUGUAGAUGUGAAGCAGAUGUUAAUAAGUGGGUAUCAGUUUUAAAAACUGCCUCAUAUGAAUAUUGGCGAUCACAGUAUAUAAUUUUGAAAACCAAGAUUGGCAUGAAGACCGGACAAGAUCCCGUUUUGCAGUACAUGAAGAGUAAAAGAGAAACUAAUAAAACAGCCUCUCAAAUAGAUGUUAAGAAAAAUAAAGUAAAGGAAUCACAAUCCAUUUUUUAUAAGCACAUCUCAACUGGAUAUAUGGAAACUAGUUUUUGUGAAAGAACUACCACCGUUUCAUCCUCAAACAAUGUUGAAAAUUUAAUAACAUUAUAAGAACAUAAUCAGUAAUGCUUUAAGACUACCCUGACAGCGUCCUUAUGAAAUAUAAAUUGUGACUGUUCUUUGUAUUACCAACAGUUCACAAGCAUUUCUAGUCAUUAUUUAUAUGUUAGUUGUGAUUGUGGUAUAUCAUACCAUUUAUAAUUAAGAGCUUUCAGUGUAACAGUAGGUAGUAUAAUACUUAAGUGGCUAAUGGUUUCUCCUAUAAAACAUGACUGAAAAAUAUUAUUUAAUGCAAGAUUAAAGAUAAACAGUAUGUUUCAUGCUAGUCUUAUGUCUUGUACCAAGCUCUUGAAAAUAAAUAUUUAACCAUUUGUUAUAAUGAUGUCCAAAUUGAAAAU